GAAGACGGAGGAUGUGAAUGACGCAUCAUGAGAUGAGCAGCAGUUCACUGACUCCACUCAGGAGGCGGGCGUUUCCGUAGGCCAUUUCACUUUCGUUUCUGAAGCUAUGGAGAGAGGAAAAAAAAGUCCCCACAACUGUCUCUCUCCGCUGCUGGACAAAACUGUCACCGCCAAUAAUGCUUGGGGCAUUCUAAUUCAAACUAACACGCCCUUCUUUUCUCUUAUCUCUGCUUUCGGAUCCAUCAACUUGGUUUGAGUUUGAGCUUCAAGUAUAUGCGAGACUUGUAGUAUAUCUUCUUGAACUCUCAAUCUAUUUAUUUACCGCCCUUUGUUUGUCUUUACUGCCUUUUCCACCUCCUCUUCAUCACUGUUUAACCUCUCAGCUUCCUCUUCGGAGAACAACAUUCUUCUCCUCUAGCCAUAGCAUUUAAUAUUAUUCUAUAAAGAGUAUCAACUGCUCCAAAAACGAAGGAAUAUGUUUUGGGUUGAUAUGGGGUCUCCUUCUGCUCAUUGGGUAUUACAUUUAAUGCUAUUGUUUUGUUAGCAUCACUGUGAAAUGCAUGUUGUUACCUCUAGACAGAGAAGUAGAAAGGCUAAAUUAACACACUUCAGAACUGCUCUGCCGUUCAAAUGGAGAGGCUCCAAGGACCAAUUAAUCCUUGCCUUUAUGGUGAAUAUUCAGAGACAGGUUGCUCGGAACAAGAAUUCUCAAACUUGGGAUUUGAAGAAUCAGAAGAAGUUUGUUUACUAACCUCAAGUUUGGAAGAUAAAAUACCAUUCCUUCAGAUGCUGCAGAGUGUGGAAUCGCAGUCAUUCAAGGAACCUAACUUUCAAAGCUUGCUGAAGCUGCAGCACCUAAACAAACCAUGGGAAGAGGGGGUUAGUAAAAUUCAGGAGCUUGUAGAGUUGUUUUCUUCACCUAUAAACUCAGAAACGAAGGACCAAAAUCAACCUCCAAAUUCGGACAGAGUGUUCUCAGAGUGUAACCAAAAUCAAGGCUUAUCCCAGACCCAAAUGACAAAGUUUCCUCCGGUCAUCAAGGAAAGAAGAAAACGAAAGAGAUCCAAACCAACAAAAAACAAGGAAGAAGUAGAGAGCCAAAGAAUGACCCACAUUGCUGUUGAGCGCAACCGGAGACGGCAAAUGAACGACCAUCUCAACGUUAUCAAGUCUCUCAUACCUACGUCCUAUGUACAAAGGGGUGAUCAGGCAUCCAUAAUUGGGGGAGCAAUAGACUUCGUGAAGGAAUUGGAGCAGCUACUUGAAUCUUUGGAAGCACUGAGGAAAGAAAGAAAGGGAGCGGAAGGUGAGUGUAAGGAUGAGCAGUCAGAAGUGCGAGUGGCAUCAAAUAGGAGAAUAGGAGAAGGGGUUUGCGCCGAGCUCAGGUCAGAAGUCGCUGAGAUUGAGGUUACAAUGAUUCAAACCCAUGUAAACUUAAAGAUAAGAUGCCGCAAAAGGCAAGCGUUUGGAUAGAGGGGUGGAAAAGUAGACUACUACUCUGUGUCCUCCAUCUGUAGUCAACCUCAACUAGUCUGACUUUGGAACUCAAGCACAGUGCUUCUAGUUUCAACUUCCAAGAGGCCGGCUCUGUUCCUACUUCUUUUGCUUUUUGUUUUUUCUAAAAAAAAUAUUUAACAGUAUCUCGGUGCAAGACUCAUCUUUUUCGCACAGAAAAGAGCAUGCAUUAUUUAUAAUUGCAUGUACCAUUCUUGUGGCUAAGAUGGCUAAGAAAUAUGAUUAUCUUUGAUUCGGUUGGGAGUAAGAUUGUUUUAACAAACGAGGGUCUUUCGUUGGUUGCAUGUGAAUCCAGAUAGAAGAUGAAUGUAAGCUAGAAUCAGAGGAGCAGAUUGCAGCAACAGUUAAUCAAAUAUUCAGUUUUAUGAACAAUGGCAGACUGGUCAAUGAGGCCAAAGGCAAAUUUCAGGCAGUACAGUGGCAGUCGCUGACUAUGGAAGAGGACCCCCCCUUUCCUCCCCUAUUUCCCAUUCGAAAAAAGGAAAAAUAGAAAAUCCAAGCUAGGCAAAUAAGGAGGAGGGUAAGUUGGAGUGCGUGUGGCUUGUGGGCACCUCGAAUACUGUUCUCUAGUGUACCACAGAUGGGUUGGUCAAAUGGUUAUGGCAGGCUUAAAACAAGUGUUUGUCGUCUCCUACUUUACUCAAAUUCAUAAAUCUUUUACAAAAUAAAUUAAACAACACAGCUUUUUUAUA